AGGAGCUUUAUUUUUAUCAGUAGGCGUAGGCCUGGCCUGGUUCGCCUCCGAUUAUUAUUAUUAAACCCCGAUUUCCGUAUGUAUUAUCUUGUCCUUGAUUAGUUUUAUUGUGGUAUUUGUUGAACAUUAAUCAUCUUACAAAAAUGUAAGCAAUUAUAAUGUUAAAAACAUUAGAUAACUAUCAAUUGAUACAUUUAUUUAUCAGUCAUUUUAUUAAUGUAAUAUUAUAUAGCCCAAGGCCAUGGCCUAAAUAUCACGUGAUCAUUUGUCAUUUGUGUAAACAUGAGAAGACAACGAUUAUUUUGUUGUCAUCAUAAAACUGAUUAUUUUUGCAAAGAAUUAUUGUAUUUUAAAAACAGUUAUACCAACUAUUUAGAAGGCUUACCCCGCCCCAUCCCCCGGCAAAAUGAUGCCGUAGUAAAAGUAAAUGUUAACUUGUUUAAAAGUUUACUUUGCCUAUUUAUUACUAUUAUUACUAUGACUAUAGACUAUAGACUAUAGACUAUCACUAUAGACUAUAGACUAUUUACUAUUAAUCCAGAAAUAAAGACUAUUAAUUAGUAUUACUAAAUCAAUAUUAUUUAUUAUACUGUGCAUUAUAAAAUUAUUAGUAUUAUGAUAUACAGCGUUAAGUUAUGUUAUGUCAAGGAUUAUUCUCAUUAAUCUCAUCCAUGAUCUAGGUAUUUUACUUUGGUUGAGUGUCAAAUUUUUUGACAAAAUUCAAAAUCGAGGCCCUUAGUCUUAGCCUUAGUCUUAGUUUUAGCCUUAAUUUGGCCAUAGCCUUAAGGUUUUAAAUCGCUUUUUUCAUUUAUAUAUAUAUAUAUAUAGCCUAUAUUAUAUAGUCAGAGGUCAUAGAGCAAAACGACUAAAACUAAAAGUAAAAGAUGAAUUUAGUUAUCUUCAACUUCAAUUACCUGUGGAUGAUGAGACACUAGAUGAAAAUGAAAUACAAAUACAAACUAAGUAACUAAGACUAUCUAAUUAGAUAUAUGAGAUCCCCAUGAGGAAGGCAGGGUACACAUGUUCAAUCAACCAUGUGCAAGUUUCAGCUGCACAUUUUGACUCAAAAUCAAAAAUGUUAUUAAAUCACUGAAAGGAAAAGAAAUUACAAAUGUUCCAAAUAUAAUAUGUCUACUGUUGCACACAAAUGGCUUAUGAACUUGGAGUGCUGGCCAACAUUCAAGUUGCUGAGUUUGUAUUAUUCCAUAAAAAUUCAAAUUUGUCCAGGGAUGCAGCAACACUGAAAGGAAGACAUUGGAUCAGAUUCACAUUUUAACAUCGGAACAGCCCUUACCUUACUCUAAGUGUUAAAAAACUUCCUGGGGGGAAAGCCAUUGAUCAUGCUGACCAUGCCUGUCAGGUUUUAAAAAACAUUGUUACAACAUAUAUGCUCUGCUUAAUAACAUCCCUGUCGGAGAUAUUGAGGAAAAGAUUUUUAGUACCUGUAAUAUUUUCAACACAUUAAGUAACAGAGCUCCUGGUAAUAAUGCUGUAGUUGAAAAAUUAAAUAAAUCAUUUUCUGCAAACCUACUUGAAAUGAAAUGUGAAGCUUUAUCCUUAAGUUAGUUUAGCUACAGUAGCAAGGCAGACGCUUUGCAAAUUUAAUAAAAUUCACUAAGUCGGAACUAGUAAUAUGAUACCUACCGCAACGAAAGGUGUGCAGCACUAUGCAUUAAUAACAUUUCAAAGUUAAGGUAGGUUCUUUUUAAAAAUGAAUUAAUUUUAUUUUAAAUGAAAAAUUUGCAUUACAAUUACAGAUUACCGUAGAAAAUAACAUUCUAAUGAGUGAAAAUAAAUUGUUAAGUUAAUAUUGUAAUUAAAUGAGACUAUGAUCAUUUGUAAGUAGUUUAUAUAACCUUUACUUUAUUGUUAUUUUUACAUUUUCAGAUUCAAAAAGAGCAGUGAGGAUUCAUCAAACUUUUAGGGCUUUUUAAGAAGUAAAACUCUUCCCCUAGGCAUUAUUGUUGGAAAUCGCCUUUCUGUUUUGUUUCAUUUAGGUACCACAAUCAUAACACAUCUUGAUGAUUUGAGAUUUUAUGUCCAAAAUUUUGUGUUUUGAAAAAUGGUGGUGAAAAAAAAAAAGUUUACAGCUCUGUUUGUGGGAUCCAGUUUUAAUCAUACAAUUAAAAGCUUUAGUAUUCUUUGGAACAAUUUUUGGAUGACCCUGGGCUACAGCAUCAAGCAUAGCAACUUGGAAAUGAUUAAGCUAUGUUAUUAUUUAUUUAUUAAUAAGUUCUGUAGCCUACAUUACAUACUAUGUCUUUUAAAAAAUGCUAAUGAAUUUUAAAUUCAUUUUCUUUUUCACAACUGAAACACAUUUUUUCUUUUUUCAGGCACCUUAUAUACAGAAGUGAAUCAGAAAUUUGAUUAUUGAUUUAAAAAAACAACAAAUUUAAUCAAUGCAGAAACUAUUUUUGUGGAGCAGAUAGAUGCUGCAUCACUGAAACCUUUUGAUUGUGAUGAUGCUUGGUUAAAAGUUAGGAAGAAUUGGCUCAAACCUUUCACAAAAAGCUGACCCAACAGCUUAAGGAUUUUUUGGAGGGUGGGACAUUGCAUAGCCCUUCUAGAGAGUUGUUGCUUCAGGCUGCUUUGGCUCCUACCCAUAACAUUUGGGCUGAACAAUCCCUUGUGAUGAAAGACCAUCUUUUCUUGUGCACCCAAUAAAUGCUACUUUUGGAUUUUUAGAUGGCAAACUUAGUGCCAAACUGUAGAGAGGUUAAAAGAGAGCUGGCCAGCUAAAGAAAGAAGAAUCAGUAAGGAGUAAAAGAGUUGAGGAAGAAAUUAUUUUCCUGCAACAGAAACAGCUGUUAAGAAAAGAGAUGAAGCACACAGGAAACACAUAGAUAAAGAUGUUAAAAGUGUUACAGGACAAAUUAUUUCUGAAGUUUUAAUUUAUAUGCCCCCAAAAUUAAAAUAAAGUUAUAUUUAGAUGCUAUCAUUGAAAACAGGAUGUCUGUUGUGGGUGCUUAGUUUAAAAAAUUAGCGAAAAUGACAAAAAAGACCACAUAUGUUUUGGAUGUAUCAUUGAAAUGAAAAGAAUUGGGUGAUACUUUACUUUUCAAUAUUGUAUACUGGGAUCCAGAUAAUGAGACAGAAGCUGCUGGUGAAGAUAAUGACAUUGUCUUAGGAAAAAUAUUAACAGACAUCAUAUUAGUGAAGGGAUUUGCUUUUUUUGUUAAGUUGUGUCCGAAAUAUAUCUAUUCCUUUAUUAUGUCUUAAUAUUAUAUAUUAUUUUGCCUGUUAAUAAGUCCCAUGUAUUACAUUAUUUCACUGUUUGAUUGUUCUAUACAUUUAACAUUUAUUAAAUCUUUUAAAUUUUAUUUGAAGUUGUUUUGUUUUUUUUAAACUUUUCAAAUUAUAUUUUAGAAAUGAUUUAAUUUAUUUUAAAAUACUCAUACAACAUCUAUAGUAUUUUUACAUUUUAAGCACGAAAUAUGUUGAAAACACAUUGUUUAACACUUCUACAAAGUUUAAUGUUAUUUGUCCACUCUUCAAUAACUUAAUAAAGUUAUGUGCCUUUUCGUUAAAAAAUUUUGAAAAGUGGUCACAAAAAUAGGGUCAUUUUCUAUAGUUAAAAAGUAGGCCUAUGUUUUUAUUCACGAAAAAUCAUAAUUUUUUAAUCAAAAGUGCUACAUGAAAAAUGAAAACAUAUUAUUGCUUCUUUUAAAGGGCUAUCUUACAGAACUCAGCCAAGGUCGGACCAAUGACAUAAUUUGUGCUCCUACUCCUACCAUCGGUAAUUAUCUGGGUUGGGGUCUUCUCCACUGAAACUUCUACCAAGGCCUACACUCCACAGAGAAUAGAAAAAUGUUAUUCUGAGUCAUAGUCAUAAUUUAAAAAAUGCUAGGGAAUAACUUUGCUUGUAGUAGCAUCUUCGUUACUAGCAGGCUAAAGGAAAAGGAGGUAAAAAGCCAAGGACUACAUUGGUCCCAUGUGGGUCUGCUAGUCUGGACUGACUAUACACUACACUAUACAGCUAGCUUCUACCCUGUAUAUUGAUGACUAUGUAUGAUCAUGUGUUGAUACUGUAAUCAAAUCUGUUUUCAGAAUUUUCAGGGAAGUCAAGAAUUUUUGCUAAAAGUUGGUACUUUGACAUAAAAUUUAAAUAUUGUCUGAUUGCCAUAAUAGACAAAAAUGCCUGAACAUGUUUAUUAACAGACGCACUUCAAACCCAAUACCCAGGUUUUUGUGCAGGUCGAUAUGACUGGGAAGCUGAAUGUUUGGCAUACGGCAGCAGAACUUAUUUUGCCGUUGCCAAUUAAACUGAACUGAAUUUAAGGCGCAGAUCAAAACACCGAAAAAUGUUAGGGGUGUUCUCGGAAAAACAAAAACAUCAUCUACCAAAGUUACCAAACUUUUCAUAACACCACGUUCAAAAAGUGAUUACCAUAUCUGUGGUUUCAGCUGCACCAUCAGCCAUAAAUCAAUGGAAUGCAGUUGUUGCUUAUUAAAAACAUUUUUUCCUGAUUCUGAUUGUGGCAGAUUCAUUAGUUUUGACUCAAAAAUCAGCCUGCAUAAUGUAAUGUGUACUGAACACUCACUUAAUACAAGUUUAUAAAUUGAACUAUUUACAAUUAAGAACAUUUUUAUAUAAUUUAAAUUUACUUUUAUUUGUUCAACAAUUAACAUUGGCGUAGCCCUAAGAGCCGUCUAGGGGUUGGUAACCGGAUUUGAAGAAAAUUUUGAGUGUCCACUUUUUCAUCUGAGGACUUAUGGUCCUGUAGCAUAAUAAUAUGUUUAAGGGCCGUCCAUAAAAUACGUCACAGUUUGUGACACAGGGUAGGGGUAGGAGGUUGGGGGCUAAGAUCUUAUAUGACAUCACACAUUUUUCUUUUUAUCAUGCAUUAUAUAAAUAUUCAUAUAAUUUAAUAUUAUAAAACCCUUCAUGGACAGUGAUGUUGAAAUUUCUGUUGUGAUGAAUGUAUUAUGCAGAAGAUGUCACGUUUAUAAAUUUAAUAUAUAAAUAUAAGGAAGAGUAUAUUAGAUUAAAUUUUAAGUAGUUUGUAAUUUUUUAUACAUUUUUUUAGUGUGAAAGUGAAAGGGGGGAAGGGAGGGGGAGGACAGUGUCCAUGAGUACAGGUACUAAAUACUGCAGUGUCUCCAAUGACAAACAAAUUACUAUACUUAGGCCUACAGCCUUGAGAAAAGUUUAUUUACUAAAAAUUUUAAAGUACCGAUAUAUUACAAUAUAUUAUACGGUACUAAAAAUUAUACAUAUAUAAUUAAAUCUAGAUAAUAAUUAUAAGUCAAAAUGGAGAACUUGCAGUGUAAGUUUUGCACACACAAAAAAGAGAUAGAAAUAACAUAAAAAUAAAAACUUAAAUUAUAAAGGCAUAUUUAAAAUUAUUUAAAUAACUGAUUCUCCAGUUUAAUGAAUUAAUGUUAUUAAUUAUUAAUACUUAUUUUAGGAUGCUGAUGGGUACCAAGAAAACUAUGAAGUGCACAUCAGCUAUUUGGUUUGCUGUUGUUGUAAUGUCAUUACAGUUUGUAUCCCUUUCUGCAAAGAUGUCAGAAAUAUACAGAAUGUCUUUUGGGACCGGUAAGUGUUUCAUUAAAAUUUUAAUGUGUGUAACAUUCAGAAAUCAGCAGCAGUUCUGUAUUACUAUUUUAUUUUAAAUUUUUGUUAAAUGUUGGAACAGUUUGCUUAAGUUUUACAUUUGUUAUGUUAAAAAAAUGUUGUCAAAAAAGCUUUACACUUUGAUUAUAAUAUAUGUUGGUGCGCAUCCCUUUUUGAUUUCUAAACAUUUCCUACAUCCCCAUCUCUAUUUCAAAACAUAUUUUCCGCACCCCAUGAUAGAAAGGGCUCACGAAAAUGCAAACAAACUUGCACCCCGUGACAUUGGCUCCCACACCCCCUGUGGGCACACCUGGUUUAAGCACCCAUGCUCUCUGUUAUGCUGUUAUUGAUGUGUGCUACAUUUCUGGAAUCAUGCACAUUUUGCAUGCAAUAAAGUGAAUCAAAAUUUAUGAGCUUGCGGAUAAUCCAAAGGGAAUAGGCAUUAUAGGCUUGACUUUGAACUACUUUGCCUCCAAAUCCAUAAUUAUGCAAGGCCUAAUUUAUGUAAAUAUUUCAGUGUUUAUUUUUUAAGCUUUUAUAAUUCUGUUAACAAUUAUAUGGCCACAUAGCUGUUUUUUUAAAAAUACAUAAUAAUAUUCUUUUAAAAAUACCAAAUGUUUAAUUUUUUGUUUGCACUCUAAAUUUCUGUAUCCCCUUGCUUUGCAAAAAGUCAUGUGUUAAUGUACAUGUGUCAGAUCACAUGUGGACAAUUUAGAGGGAACAUUGGUGCUGUGGCUACAUCAGUUUGUACCCCUUGCUUUGUGGUUGCAAGUUUUGUUAAAUUCACCCAGCCCAAACUAUUCUGCAAGAUACCGUAGUUAAUACAAAUAUAUAAUUGUGUAGUAGUUAUUGGGUAGUUCCAAACUAAUACUAAAUUCAAAUUUAAACUGCAUUUCAUUUUUCCUUUUUUUCCCCCCUCUCAAUAGUUAAUGAUAAACCUAAUGGAGGAUCUACUGGCCAAGAUUUGAGAUUCUCAUUUGCCAAACAUUUUCAAAGUCACAUGGUCCUACAACAAGCCCCAAAACAGGCCAACCUCAAUGGGUUUGCAUCAGUUUCAGAUAUUGGAAAAACAGUGGUGAUAGAUGUAAAUAUUGUAAAGUUAACGGACAUUUUUUAAAAUACAUGAUAAUUUAUUGUAAAAGCUGGCUGAAUGAAAAUGAACCCAAUGUUGGUAUUGGUAAAAACAUUUUUUCUCUGGCACAUUUAAUUAAAGUUACCUUUUAUCCACGCAUCAACCUAUUUAUCCUUGAAUCUAUUUUUGCUUCUUAUCUGUUGUUUUUGGGAAAUAGUUGUAAUUUGAGUUCAGUCAUUAUAAUAACAUUAAUUAUGUUUGAACAGAUUAAAGAAUGAGAUAUCUAAAUAUUUGCAAUAAAAUGUUUGAUGUUUUUCUGAGUGUAAAAUCUAUUAAAAUGAAACUGCUGUCACUUCACUCUUUCAGGUAGCCUUGGGAUCUAACGUAUACUAUUACACUGAUGUGAUUCAACCAGGACCUAUGUCACAGUAUGGUGUGUGGAAAGUGCAACUGGAUCCUUUCAAAACUAAUGAAUCUGCCACAAUCAGAGCAGACUGUGGUGGAAAUGAGUCUCUUGUCUUGGAGGAUGUUCUGUUUGGUGAUAUUUGGCUUUGCUCUGGACAAUCCAACAUGCAGUUCAUGGUUCAACAAGUAGGCCUAUGUGAUUUUUAUGCAUUCUUUAAAAAAUCAGUUAGAUAUUUUUUUUAAAAUUAUCUGAACGAUCAGAUUGUUCAACAAAUUAAAAUCAAAUAAUGUAAAUUAAAGAAACGGGUCAUUCAAUAUAUUUUAUAGCUAGCUGAGCAUCUAACUUUUCUAUUCAGAUGUUUGGUGGUCAGACAGAAAUCGCCAAUGCAUACAAGUAUCCCAACAUUCGAUUCAUGAAUGUUCUUAGACAAUCAUCCACAGUCCCUUUGUUUGAUUUGAUAGGAGUAGAACAAGCGUGGACUUCACCAGUAAACAGUGAGCUCUCUUUUUUUAAUAGUCCGCCAAAAAAAUUAACAUUUAAGUUUUCCUAAACUGCUUGUCAAUUUUAUUAUCAUGUCAAUUCAUUUUUGUUACUUUUCAGCUGAUGAGAAAAGGUAAUGUUGAAAAUAUUAGAUAUAAAUUAAAAUAACCAGAACUGGGAUAUUGAUAAUUAGUUUUUCAUCUUUUAGCCAGUAUUGCCUCCUUCUCUGCUGUUUGUUGGUUGUUUGGAAAGGCGUUAUAUGCAUCACUUGGUUAUCCAAUCGGCCUGGUCGGCACCAACUAUGGCGGGACACCAAUAGAGGCCUGGUCAUCACCAAAAGCAUUAAAGCAGUGUGGAGUGAAUGCUACAGAUAAAAGGUUUAAAACUAGUUUAACAGCUAUUUUAAAGUGGGUACCAUAGAUCUAUCAAGAUGUCUGCUUUUAAGAUUAUUAUAGUCAAGCCAGGUUAUUUAUUCUUAAUUGGGGAAAUUUUACUAUUCAACCCCACAAAACAUACAUGAAGUUGUCCUAUUUGUGUUUUACAAAUAAUUAGAACCUAAUAUUUUAACUUAUAGCUAUGUAUCAUAACUCAAUGACUUCAUUAUGUUACUUUUCACACAGCUUUUCAGUGACGUCUAUAGUCUGUUCCACUGAAUUGCAUUAUUAAACUGAGAUUUAAUUCAUUUCAGAAUUUAUGAUGAAACAGUGAACAAAAUUUACAUUGGAGGUCCUGGGGACAACUCCCAGUUGUGGAAUUCCAUGGUUUACCCAAUGCUUAGUAUGACCAUCUAUGGAGUUAUUUGGUACCAAGGUUGGUGUUAACAUAAGUGUCAACUGAGUAAACCCAUGUAAAUCAUAUCAGUUGUCAGUCUCUUCCCAAUUCUGAUGCAUAAUGGCAAUAUAUCCACAGUGCUGUAUAUGUUUGGAAGGUGAGAUCACUAGGACCUCUGUGUCUUACAUGGCGUAGAGUGACAAGGACUCCCCGCACAGGUAUAUUAGUGUAUGACAGACUAAGGCCCGUUGUCAUGACAAUGGAAGAAUAAGGCACAUGGUCAUGAUAGAAUAAAGCACUUGGUCAUGACAGCGUAAUGCACAUGCUCAUGACAGAAAAAGACACCAGGUCGUGGCAGACUAAGGCACAUGGUCAUGACAGUGACAGCAUAAGGCACAUGUUAGGGACUAUGAUUUCAAUUGCCCCUGAUGAUUUGAGAUGUACUCAUGAGUGCAUGAAUCAAGGCUAGAGAUGGCACCCAGUAUAUUAAUGUUGAAGAUGGCCGGCAAUGCCUCACAAACAACAGGCAUCCCACCUACAGCCUAUUGUCAUAGACUACAUUCACUCUGAACCUCAAGCCGCUCAUGAGGCAAAAGAUUGUAGGAAGCUGUGGCUUUAACUGGGAGAAUGCCCCUGGAUCAUUUCCUCCUUGUGUAAUCUUGGGGGAAAUGUUUAAGACUUUUCUUGUGUUCUGCUUUUCUAACCCACCAACCUUACAAUGGAGUGAGCUGACAACUGGCAGAUAUGGUAGACAGUGAUGAAGUUAUGUCCUCUGUCCACUGCUUUCUUUUUGCAGGUAGUAUGUCCUUUCUCCAUUAAAACUAUAUGAAGUGUGAUUUGAUUAUUCAUCUAUUUAAAAGGAUUUUAUAAAUUGCCCCCCAGGUGAAAGUGAUUCUGUUGAACCUGUGUUUAUGAACAGAUAUAACUGCACGUUUCCUGUGAUGAUAGAUGAUUGGAGGUUUUCCUUUAAUUUGGCUUCUUAUGGCCAGACAGACAUCUUAUUUCCCUUUGGGUUUGUACAGGUAUGUUAAUCUUUCCUUGAUGUGGUCUGCUUGUCAGAGUUAAAGAGAGUUAAAGAAAUUUACGAUUUAGGUGUUUCAGACUAUUAAAUGUAUUAUUAUUAUGUGGAUUUGAGUGCUGGGUGGCAGAGUGGUCUUAGCUGAGCAAAUCUCAAGUUCAAUUCCAACCAGAGCCAGAGAUUCCGGUUCACAAGCGCCCGACAGGCAGCGGUGGGCCGGGUGGUCGAGAGUUGGUGGUCGGAAGUUAAAUUCCAGCCAAAGCCCAGUCAAGCAAAAACCUCACCAGCACCCUGGGUAGAUGGGACUUGUUAACCUUGGUCGGCAACUCAUCUAAGAGUAGGAAACUCUAAAUUCAAACCCGGAGAUGGUGUCGCCUACAGGCAGCAAACAUUCAAACAACCCCUGCGAUGGCCCCAGAUGCCAUCACCUAGAGCGCAGUGAGCAUGCUAAAAUAGCAUGGAUCCAUCCAUCCAUCCCUGUGGCGCUACAGCCAUUGUAGGGCUUUGGCCUGCCUCACCACUUCCUUCCACUCAUACCUAACUAAUGCCUUUCUUUUCCAUGCUUGGACUUUCAGUUGCUGUAGAUCUACAUUUUUUCUACAUCAUCUAUCCACCUAAGCCUAGGUCUGCCUUUGAGCCUUUUUCCUCUGGGGUAUUGGUGAUGCACCCUCUUCGUUCCUCUGUCAUUUGGCAUUCUCUCUAGGUGUCCUUCCCAGCGUUGCAUGCCUCUUUUUAUUUCUGCCGCUAUUGUGGGAUCCUGAUGUAUAAUUCCUGUUUGGUUCGUAUUCUCCAUCCAUAUUCAUCCUUUGUUGGCCCAUAUAUUUUCCUGAGAACUUUCCUCUCCCAUGUGUUUAAUAGGCUUUCUGCUGUUUUUGCUAGGGUCCAAGUUUCACUUGCAUAUGUUACAAAUGGUCUGAUCACAGUUUUAUUAAUAUUUUUCUUUGCUUCUCUUGUAAUGUUUUUACUUUUGAGUAUUUUCUGACUACUGAAUUAUGCCCUGUUUCCGGCUGAUAUUCUUUCUUUUAUUUCUGUUAGUAAUUCGUUUCUUUCAUUUAACAAGGAUCGUAGGUAUUUGAAUUGAUUUACUUUUUCAAAAGUUUGGUUUCUAAUUUUAAUUGUUCCAUCUGUUUGUUCCUCUCUUAUCAUGGUCAUGUAUUUUGUUUUUUGGUUGUCAACUUCAACUCCUGCUUGGAGAGAUGUGUCUUCUAAUUCAAUAAAGGUAUUUUAAAAUGUCUUUAAUACUAAAAUAGCAUGGAUACUUAGCGCUAUAUAAGUAUCAAUCAAUCAAAAUUUACUUUAAUUGGUCGCAAAUUUUGAAUUUUAUAAUAAGACUAUUAAACCUGCGUUGACUUCCUUAUACCAUGUUCCAUACUACUGAGACAAUUAAACCUGCAUUGGGACUACGCUAUAGCAUGUUACAUACUACUGAGACAAUUAAACCUGCAUUGGGACUACGCUAUAGCAUGUUACAUACUACUGAGACAAUUAAACCUGCAUUGGGACUACACUAUAGCAUGUUACAUACUACUGAGACAAUUAAACAUGCAUUGGGACUACGCUAUAGCAUGUUACAUACUGCUGCGACAAUUAAACCUGCAUUGGGACUACGCUAUAGCAUGUUCCAUACUACUGAGACAAUUAAGCCUGUAUUGGGACUAUGCUAUAGCAUGUUCCAUACUACUGAGACAAUUAAGCCUGUAUUGGGACUACCCCAUAACAGUAUCUAACAAAAAUGUUGGCCCAAAAUUGAUGAUGUGUGCCAUAAUGUUCAAAGAUUUCUUUAAAAAAUAAUUUAAAUAUUUUAUUAAUUUCAUUAUUAAGAUAGCUUAAAGGGAAACAAAACUGUAAUUUGUCAAGCUGCUCACUAAAAAGAUCUGGUAGUUAAGACAACAAUUUAAGUGUAAGGCAGGGCCGGCCACUGUUGCUGAAAUGUUUGUUGUUUCUUCCUUGUAUAGUUAUCGACCAGCAGCCCAAAUGAACCCCAUGAUGGCUAUGUGGACAUUCGCUGGCAUCAAACUGCUGAUUAUGGGGUAGUUCCCAAUAAACGAAUGAGACAAGUGUUUAUGGCUGUUGCUAUGGACUUGCCAGAUUUCGAUGCCCCAUCAGGCCCGUAAGUUUUGGCCUUCAGCAAUAUGUUUUAAGAAUUUUAUUUUAUACAAAAAAUUUCUGAAUUUUCAUAUUUAUUUGAAUUUUUAAAAAAUCACUUUUACCACUCCAACUUCAAUGUAAGACUUAAAAAAAAAUAACAAUAAUUAAAAAAAAAAGACUUUCUAUCAAAGACGAGUUUAAACGCACUAAAAAGUAGAAGAUAAUUUAUUAUUUUUUUAAAAUAUUUUCUUUGCAAGUGCAAAAUAAGACAUUUCAAAUGAUUUUCUACUUUUUAAACUUUUUUAAACUACUGUUUAAACUUGUCAAAGAAAGUCUUUUUUCAAAACUUUUUUCAUAUUUUUUACUUUCUACUUUUUUUGUAUCAACAUUUCAAUAUCUGUGAAUUAUUUAAUUUUUUUCUUUUAAAAUUUGUUAUGUUUUGUAACAUCAUGUUACUGGUUGUCCCUUGUUUCAACUGACUUUUAAGGUCAGUAUGGGGCAGGCAUAUCUGUGUCAUGGGACAAGAGUGUAAUGAGGGGGCAUCAAAAAUUAUGCUGGAGACAUGGACUAGAAAUCUGACUGAUUGGUGGAUGGAAAGAAAGUGCCAAUAUUGGAUGAAAACCAAAAAAAGGGGGAUAUUAAAUAUUACACUGAUUACUUCGCAAAUCUUUGUUGAAGGAUAAAUUUUGUCAAUAUUAAAAAAAUUUUGAUUUUGUGAUGCGUGUUAAUGCAGUUUCAAAUUUAAAUUUAAAAAAUGUUUUCAUGCCUUGAGAAUUAUAAAGAAGCUGUUUAAUGUUGUGUGUGAUAAACAAAUCUUAGCUGUUUAACGAUGGCAAAUACUUUAACGACAACUGCAAAUAAACAAUUUUCAGACAAAAAUAUCUAAUGGAUUGGUGGUUAGAAUGAUAGUUUUAAAAAGAGAUAGAAUAAUCUGAUCAAUUUAUUUUUAUGCUCUAUAAAAUAAACAGAAUAAUUUACUUAAUAAUAUCUCACAUAAUUAUGCAAGGAGCUAUAUAUAAAAUCAUGAAUCUAUAAAUAAAUGUAGAAGAUUUCAAAAAAUUGUAUUAAAAUAUUCAGUACAUGAAUUAUUUCAUUUAUUACAUUAUGAAAUUUUACAUUUAUUUGGCAAUUAAAUUAAAUUAGUACAGAUAAUACAGCUAAUUAUAUUCUUAUAUAGAAUUUUAUUAACAAUAACAAUAAGAACUAAAACUAGCUGAAUAAAAGAUUUAUCAUAGUAAAAUAAUAUGUAGUAAUUCACUCCUACCUAACCUACCUCUCCUGUAAGAGCAUUAUGCAUAAAAUGGUAGGCCAUGGUGCAUCAGUUUCUGCUUAUGGAAAACUGGUAAGGUGCCUUACAGCACAUUUGGCUGGAGUGGGUUUAAGAAAGCUCAUUAAGGAUUUUCUUGAAAAUAAGCAGGAGACAGAUAGGAUUUAGAAAGUUUGAAAAAAAAAACGAAAAAAAGUAACGUGAAAACAUUUUAAAAUUUAUACUGUAAUAACUUUGAAAACAAAAUAUUUAUGAGAGGAGAAAUAUAAUGUCUGUUAAAGCGUUGAUAUUUUCCUUAUUUUUGAACCGAAUAUUUUGCUGCUCAGAGUGCACACAAGACAUAAGUUGGAAGUUGGAUACAGACUUUCCUUGAGUGGACGUGCUGUGGCCUACAACCAGAAACUUCUCUACCAGGGUCCUUUUCCAUUUAAAGCUUUAGUAGUUAAUGAGACAACUUUGAUUGUUGACUAUGGAGACAUGUGGACUCUAGAUGUGAGAAGCACUGAAGGAUUUGAGGUCAGUCCUGGGAAUUUUACUAUUUAAAGACUGACCUAAUGAUUUUGAAUUUUAAAUAAUAAAAAAAUGUUAAACCUCUGUGUAUCUGUUGGUGUAAACCAUUAAUUUCAUACCCAACAACACAACAAUGAGAAAUACAAAUUAUUUUUUAUAUGAGAAAUACAAAUUAUUUUCUAUAUGAGAAAUACAAAUUAUUUUCUAUAUUAAGAUGUUAUGAUUUAGAAAUAAAGCUUGAAUUGAAAAAAAGUAUAUAAUUUUGUAAAUUUAUUUUUAAAUUUAAAAAAAAAUCUAACAAACUCAAUUUUAUUCAGGUCUUGUGCACAGCAGCCUUACCUUCUAAGACAACCUGGUGGCUACCAACAAGCAUAAUGGGGUUCAGCUCAACAACUGUCAGCUUAUCAAUAUCUGUGUGUGGACACGGCCAGCAGGUGCGUGGUUUGAGAUACAGCUGGAAGACGACUCCCUGCGCCCUUCUCACAUGUGGUGUCUACUCAAAGGUCAAUGCACUGCCAGCUCCACCAUUCAUAGCGUUAGCGGAUAACACCAUGGACAGCCCAGUUUUUAAUAUUGGAUACUGAUUUCUUUCAGAACAGGUUAUGCCUGUUUGUAGAUAUUGUCAUUACUAUCAUCCACUACGUCUAAACAUCCUGAGCUGGACCACUUGACACAAAUUUUAAACAAUGUAUUAAUUACUUAGUUCCUAAAGUAUUACAUUUGAUCCCUUUGAUGACAGAGAGUGUCAGAGUUUUCCAUUGGAACUCCGUGUUGCAUCACAUUAGCAUAGUAUAUUGAGUAAAUGUAGUAAUAUAUAAUCCACGUUAGUGACAGAAUUUUCAUGGGCUAACUGCAUGCAGUGCAGCACUAAAAAAUUAUUGACAUUUUAUUUUUUCCCCUUUUAAACAGCUCGUAGAGUAAAUAAAGUAAUACUGUAGUGAUUUGCUAAUGAUUUAUUUCCAGUUAAAUAACAGAUGUUACUUUAAAAUGUUUGGAAUCUUUAUUUAAUAUUUAUUUUAUAUAAGUUAGUUCUGAUUUUUUAUUAUUUGUUUUAUAUAAGUUAGAUCUGAUUCUCUAUUAUUUAUGAUUUUAUUUUUUGCCCUGAGUAAGUUUUUUUGCCCUCAUCAUCAGACUAAGCAAGGUAAUCAUUACAGGCAUACUAAAGGGACAAAGGUAUUUCCAUUUAAGUUUCACCAAGCUAUUCAUGUAUUUAGUGACCGUUUUUCAAUUUACAUCAGGGUGAUUAGCAAAUGUUUCUAUUCACUUUAUUCCUGUGCCUUGUGAUAAUCCUUGAAAAUCAUUCUGGCUAUCAUAACAUAAAUUUGUGUUAAUUUUUUUUAAUUUAUGUGGUUGAAGUUUUUGUAUUGUUAGAAAUAAAGAACAACUAACAUUCCAUGGAAUAUACUCUCGGCAAGUUUGCCCUGAUCUUGAAAAAUGUCCAGUUGUUGACCUACUCAUUCAUGUCAGGUGCUUUUUUGGCAAAGCUUGUCAUUAUUGUUUUUAUCAUAAUUGUUGGAUGAACUUUGUCAAUUUUAUAUUUCAAUAAACAAUGUAAUUUGGGCUUAUUUCUAAAGUUCUAUUUUCUUUUUUUUUUUACUGCUGAUACUGCUCAAAAUUUACUUAUUGAUUUUGCCUUUUACCAUUUUUGUUGUACUAAAGUUAAAAUUAACUUUACAUAAUUAUUUUUCUUGACUUAUUCUUAUUAGCGUACUAAUGAGUACAAAACAAUUUGUUUUACACAUAUUUCUAUUGUAUAAAUGGUGUAUUUUAUAAUGGUGUACAGUUGUAAUGAUCAAUGUAGUAAAGUCCUUCUUGAAUAUUCCAGUGCAUAGGGCUAAAGUGAUUUCCCCUUCUCAGUGGCUCAGGAAACUUGGACAGUUUAAGACAAUACCCUCAUUUUAAAGGUCCUUUUGAGGUGACUCUAGUCUUCUAAGGUGACUUUAGUCUUCUGAGGUAACACCAGUCUUCUUAGGUAACACCAGUCUUCUGAGGUAACACCAGUCUUCUUAGGUAACACCAGUCUUCUUAGGUACAAGUCUUCUGAGGUAACACCAGUCUUCUGAGUGCAAUCUUCUGAGGUGACUCCAGUCUUCUGAGGUGACUCCAGUCUUCUGAGGUGACUCCAGUCUUCUGAGUGCAGUCUUCUGUGUGCAGUCUUCUUAGGUGACUCCAAUCUUCUUAGGUGACUCCAAUCUUCUAAGUGCAGUCUUCUUAGGUGACUCCAGUCUUCUCAGGUGACUCCAGUCUUCUGAGUGCAGUCUUCUUAGGUGACUCCAGUCUUCUGAGUGCAGUCUUCUUAGGUGACUCUAGUCUUCUGAGGUGACUCCAGUCUUCAUAGGUGACUCCAGUCUUCUUAGGUGACUCCAGUCUUCUGAGGUGACUCCAGUCUUCUGAGGUGACUCCAGCCUUCUGAGGUGACUCCAGUCUUCUUAGGUGACUCCAGUCUUCUAAGGUCUUUCUUGAUUCCACUCUCAGGGAACAUCCACUGUAAAGCGUAUGCACUUCCAUGGCAGGUAUAGGAGAUGCCAGGAGAGAGCAUUCAGAAACUGACAUUGCCAGGCUCUUUCUUAAAACUGAUCAUGUUUGUUACAUGUUAAAUCUUGGCUGGCUACCAUAAUUUCAUAUAAAUAAUAGAUAUUACAUUUUUAAUUAAAAAUUUUUGGUGAAAAAAAAAGUAAUCCACGUUAUUCUAUGCUGUAGUGUAUAAAAAUAAAAUGUCAGCUGUGGCCUUAGUCAGUUUAUAACUGGUAAUUUUAUUACAUUUGUAAUUGAUCAAUUGAAAUAAUUUUCUAACCCUGCUUGAACUUACUCAUUUGUGGGAGAAUUACAUUCUGGUUAAAGUAGUCAGCAAAUAUUUAAUCAAAAGUAUGUUUUUUUUAAUAUUAAAACAACAAAUCAUAAAGUUUUAUUAUUUACCAAAGUAUUAUGGUUGUUUCUUCCUGAAAUUAUAUUUAAGGUUAUUUCUUAUUAAAAAAGUUUGGAAUCCAUUUUAUGUAGAUCUAUUGGAAUAAUUAAAUUAUAAUAUACUCAAAUGUGUAGGUAAAGUAAUCAGUAAUAUGUAAAGUAAAGUAAUAAGUAAAGUAAUGCUUUAGGUGAUUGUUUAAUAUGAAACUGAUUAUGUUUAAGAACCCAUGACAAUUGGCCUUGAAAUUGGACAACGUGAUGCCAGUGGUCAAAAUAUCAAAUAUUUGCUUCUUCAGUAUACACGAGAUGCUAUUUAUUUCUUAAAAGCCUACAAUUGUGUAGGGUUAUAUCACAGGCCAUCCAUUAUAAAUAUAUAUAUUUAAAUUGAAGGAUUAAAAAAUAUUUUAGCAAUGAUGUGAAAUAAUAUCCUUCCAACUCCUUGGUUGUCCAUUAUCAUUUUUUUUCUAUUUGAGGAUUUCUAUAAGGAUGUAAAGAAAGCAGUCAAACAGUACCAGAGAGCAGUGAAUAAGAUUUAUAUAUUAUUAUAUCUUGUUAUAUAGUCUUAUAUUUUGUGAAAUAAUGCAACUAAAAUUCACUACUCCCAUUGAAUCAGUUAAUUUUCUUUAAAAUUUUUAACAGCCAGAAAAAUAUAUGCAGAAAAACACAUCUCAUUGAUUGAACCUAAAUAAAACACACAUUUUGCAUUGUAGUUUUACCAGGUAUAAAUAACAUAACUAAAAAAAUCUAAAUCAGUUGUUAGAGAAAUCCAAAAUCACUCAUAAAAUUAUUUUUUUUAAUGCGCAUCAAAAUGUCCUUGCCUCAUUCUCUUUUAUAUAAAGGACCUAAUCAUAUCGAAAUUUUAAAAUAAUGCAUUAUUACCAAAGAUAUAUAGCGUAGUAUUUACAAGGGAAGCAAAAAUUUUCAUAUUUAAAUAUUUUCCCUUUGAUGCAGUUAUUUCCCUUUGCAUAUUAGAAGCGAGAAAAUUUGCUCCUUUUAGAUACUUAAAUUAUGCUUGCCCCUUUUCCCUGAAAAGCGUAACAAAAAUAAAC